CGUAUUUAUUUAUUUUGAUGCAGGAGUAGUAUAAAUAAAGAGAGAAAUAUGAGUAGUUGGGUUGUGUUUUCUUGUCUACACCAAAUAACAAAAGGUGUGAUGGAUCUUCAAAGAAGCCUCCUCCUCAAUUUCACGUAUUUCCAGCAAGAUAAGAGCAUGGACGAGGCGCGUGAGUCGCUGCUGCUAACAAUGGAGCUUGAAGACACGCGCCUCCAAGCGCAGGAGGAGCUCAAAGCCAGAGACCAACAAAUCUCCCAGCUCAAAGAAUUGCUCUCCGCCGCCAUCAGAGACCGCGACGAAGCUCACCACAAAUGCCACAACCUCAUGCUCCUCCUCCAGCGCCAAUCCACCACGCCGCAUUCCAGCGUCGAGUCCGACUGCGACGAGAGCAUUGUCUCCUCGCCGCCGCCGGAGCAGGACCUCGCCGUGCUCAUAGACCACCGCCCGCUGCCGGAGAAGGGCAAGUUCCUGCAGGCGGUCAUGAAAGCGGGGCCGCUGCUGCAGACGCUCCUCCUCGCCGGCCCUCUGCCGCAGUGGCGCCACCCUCCGCCGCCGCUCGACGCCUACCAGAUCCCGCCGCCGCCUCUCUCCGGAAACUGCCGGAAAAGAGGCGCCGAGGAGAUGUCGCAUGACGACGCCCCCCUCAAGUAUCAAAGAAUUGUGCUUUAAUUAUUUCCAAUUUGCCGAUUUCUUUCUAUAAUUUUCUUGAGUUAUUAUUAGUAUGAUUGAAGAUUCAAGAUUAGGAAUUAAGGUGGGAAAUGCAGGUGGAAAUUUGUGAAAUUUUGUACAGUAGUUUGGUUGAGAGUUGAGAUCCAUCGGUGAAUGGUUAGAGAGUCGUUUUCAGUCUCACUCCUUGUGGAAUCCAAAGGGAUGUGUGUGGAUUUUUCAUCAUAUUCUUAGCUAACUCUUCUUCAA